CCUUAUCUCCUCACUUUUUCCUUCUGUGUCUGCCAUACAAUCAUCUUUUAUUAUAUAAAGUUUUCCUCUCUUUUCCACAUGCUUAUGCAAACGUAUUCGCUCUCUCAUUCACGCUUGCCUCAUUAUUCUUGGUGCUGAAGGUCAAAAAGUUCAAUAUGGAUCCUCUUCUUUUACCUGCAGAAAUAUUUGAAAAGAUCAUUUUACUUUUACCUCGUCAACAAUUCUUCGAAUAUCGACUUGUAUCUCGCGGUUGGCAAAAGUUUCGUCUAUUUGACCACUGUCAGCUUUACCAUACUGUGAACAUUACUAAUGUACGACGUAUGCAAUCUUUUCUACUUCUUCUUCUGUGGUCUGCCAAACAACAUCAUAUAGCUUCUACCAACUUCUCUCUACCUAUUGGCCAUUAUGUUCGGCAACUCUACAUCGAACAGUCUGUUAGUAUAAACCACACACGGUUUGUCUUGCUUCAAUCUCUGUGCCCUUUUGUUGAAUUCUUCGAACAUUACUCUUCCUCUCGCCUGCUAUCUACUAUGUGGCCAAUCCUUCAAUAUCAUGAUGAUAAUCCUUCCAAUCAGGACUUCUUAGCCAGCUACGCUUACCCUAGCUACGCUUACCCUGGAUGGCCAUAUUUGAAGAACCUUAUGUCUCACCACACCGAUACACCUGGAUAUUUGAUGCACCAUUACAGCCAACAACUGACACAUUUGACCAUUGCGCUCUUUCAUCGGACUGGCUCUUACUUUUGGCCAUUACCGUCCUUGCCUUGCCUUUAUGAAAUUCAAUUAAGAUAUAUGGACCUUGAUGGCGACUCCCUGGAUACGAUGAAUACCUCAGCACCGCAGCUCACAACUCUCCGAAUUGAUACAUGUAGAUUUCUUCCUAUGGAAACAACAGCAGCAGCAGCAGCAAGACCGUUAACAUCUUUACGUACUCUGGAAUUUGAGAAAACGGAAGUACUUGAUUCAUCCUGGCGAAUAUUUUUUUUGACAAGGUACCCUAACUUGGAAAAAUUCAACAUUAACUUCUCUCGUGGGAGACAAUACCCUUCACAUCAAGCUGAAAUGGUGGCUGGCUUUCCUCGAUUACGCAUCCUCGGCUUGGAAACACAGUACAACAAACCGCACGAAUCGCUGUUGCAUUAUUUACGACUCAAGAAUUCGAUCAUCGGAAUGGAAGAUAUACGUCUGGAAAAUUUUUGGAAUAAAGCAAUGGAAGAUAUAGGGAAUGCGACCUACAUGGAAGGUUACUGCUGGUUCAUUGGAUGUCUCCAACCAACGUUGAAGUCAUUGCACAUCUCUCCACCAUCGCUGUGUCCUGGGGUUUGUUUGGUAGAUAUGAUGAAGCCUCUGUCUUUUUGCCAUGACUUGACUACAUUGACGUUGAAUCUCUUUGGUAGUCCUCCUGAUCACCCUGUGGACAUACCCUCCAUUUUGGAUGCCUGCCGGAAUCUGGAUAGUCUUGAACUGAGCGAAGGUGUAUUGACAGCGUCAUCAGUAACAUCAUCAUCAUCAACAUCAUCAUCACCAACAUCAUCAUCAUCAACAUCAACAUCACCAACAUCAACAUCACCAACAUCAACAUCACCAACAUCAACAUCACCAACAUCAACAUCACCAACAUCAACAUCACCAACAUCAACAUCAUCAACAUCAUCAACAUAUAACAGCAAGCUUGCGAAAUUAGUCUUGGUCAACUGCUCUUUUGAUUCGUCUUUAUUUGGAUAUAUCAACAAGUCGUGUAAGAACUUGGAAAAGCUGGCAAUUCGAUGGUUUGAACUUAGCGAUGUGACUCCACCAUGGGAAACUACGACUCAAGAUGAACGGUGUAUAGAGAUUAACUUGCCGGAUGUUGGACUGGAAAUAUGCACAUUGGACGUUGAGGCUAUUAUUGAUUUAGUUGUUAUUACAGGCUCCACACAAAAAGAAGAAGAAAAACGAUUUUAUAUGCCUUCGAACGACAGAGAAUAUCGGCAUCCGGUAUCAUUCAAUGAGGUUCCUCCCAGGCUCCCUUAUUAUGAAGACGAAACACAGUGGCCCUCCUUGACAGCAACUGUACACAAAGAUUACUAUUGGAAACAGAUGGAUCCGCUAUUGGAUGGAUCAAGUCGAUAUGUUAGCGAUAGUGUGUCUUGCUUGACCAAAAGACAAAUUAUUCCAUAUUGGAGAUCUUAUGGAUGGUCGUUGAUUUAUCUGCUUUUUGAUUCUUGGAUUCUUGUUUUCAUUGGGCAUUCAAGUUAUUCACUGGUAGUUAAGUCUCACUUAUAUCUCUAG